CUCCGCUGAUGUUCACCGGACUUAGACCUUGGACAUGUCCGUGAGUCUGAGCCUCUGAGCCGGCGUGAAACAGCGCGAGCCCCCGCCCCUGCUCCUCCAAUCACAGCACACACGCGCACACACGCACGCGCACACAUAUCCAUGGAGUUCCACCAGCUGUUUACUUUGGAAACUUUGCUCCAGGUCUGGGAUCAGUAUGGAUAUGGAGGAAAGUUGGAGGACGUGAUAGAAGAGGAGUUCACACGGAUUAAAGGACUCACAUACCUGGACCAUGCAGGAUCCACCCUGUACCCAGAGACCGUGCUCAGGGAGUACACCCAGGACCUGAGCAGGAAUGUUUAUGGAAACCCUCACAGCCAUAACCCCAGCAGCCGGCUGACACAUGACACCGUGGAGAGGGUCAGAUUCAGGGUAUUGCAGCAUUUUAACGCCACCCCUGAGGAGUACUCGGUGAUUUUCACUUCUGGUUGUACAGACGCUCUCAAAUUAGCGGCUGAGAGCUUCCCUUGGAGUCCACAGAGCGAGAGUGAAGCGGGGAGUCGCUUCAGCUACCUGGUUGACAGCCAUACCUCUGUAGUCGGAAUAAGAGGACUGACUUCUGAACGGGGGGUGGCUACACUGCCUGUCUCGCCACAGGAAGUCGAAAACAAGGCCAAAGAUGAAGCUCAAGGUGAAAGCGUUUCAUGCCAGACGCCACACCUUUUCUCCUACCCUGCACAGAGCAACUUCUCUGGAAAGAAGUAUCCCCUCAGCCAUGUGAAAGGCAUCCAGGCGAGACACCUUUACCCAGCAUGUGACCACCCGGGCCGCUGGUUUGUGCUGCUGGAUGCAGCCUCUUAUGUCAGCUGUUCCCCUUUAAACCUACAAGAGUGUCCUGCCGAUUUCAUUCCCAUCUCUUUCUACAAGAUAUUUGGUUUCCCUACAGGUCUGGGAGCCCUUCUUGUCCGUAACGAUGCAGCAAAAAUACUAAAAAAGACUUAUUUUGGAGGAGGCACAGCGGCAGCUUACCUCUCUGGAGAAGAUUAUUAUGUGCAGGCAGCAAACAUUUCUGACAGAUUCGAAGAUGGCACCGUCUCCUUUUUGGAUGUCAUCGCUCUAAAUCACAGUUUUGAGGCUCUUCACAGGAUUACAGGGGGCAUGCACAACAUCCAGCAGCACACAUUUGGCUUGGCACGCUACACCUACAUGCUGCUGUCUAGUCUUUGCCAUGGCAACGGGCAACCGGUGGCUCGCAUAUACACUGAAGGCCAGUUUGAGAGUCCAGUCACACAGGGCGCAAUACUGAACUUCAACCUCAUGGAUUCUCAUGGGAAGAUAAUAGGCUAUUCUCAGGUGGACAGAAUGGCUGCUCUGUACAACAUUCAUGUUCGUACCGGUUGCUUUUGCAACACCGGGGCCUGUCAGUCCUUCCUCGGGAUCACCAAUGAGCAGAUGAAGAGGAACCUGCAGGCCGGUCACGUCUGCGGAGACAACAUCGACCUGGUGGAUGGUCAACCGACCGGAUCUGUUCGCGUGUCCUUUGGCUACAUGUCAACAUUUGAUGACUGUCAAAAGUUCCUGCACUUUGUUGCGGAAUGUUUUGUGGAGAAACCAGUGAGAGUGAACAAAGAAAAACUGGAGAAGCUUAAAAAAACAGGCCCACGGUCCCAGGGCUCAAAUGAAGAGUCUGUGGAAAUGAGUAGUGGUGAGAUAUCCCGAGCGGAUAAGAAGGAGCGGCCCUCGGAAGCAUCACUGAAAGGAUUUGGAUACGGAGACUUCAGCAGCCACGGGGAGGAUUAUACUCUGACCAACAUCUACAUUUACCCCAUCAAAUCAUGUGGAGCAUUUGAGGUCCACGACUGGCCGGUAGGACCUCUGGGUUUACUGUAUGACAGAGGCUGGAUGGUUGAGAAUGGAAACGGUGUUUGCCUGAGUCAGAAGAGAGAGCCACGUUUAUGCCUCAUUCGCCCACAAGUCCACCUGCCCUCCAACAAAUUGCUCCUGCAGGCAUCAGGGAUGGAUACCAUUUCAGUUCCCCUGGAAAACAAAACUCCAGCCCACACAAGCUUCCGGGUGUGUCAGAGUAAAGUUUGCGGUGACAGGGUGGAGACUGUUGACUGUGGGGAUGAGGCGGCGGCGUGGCUCUCAGAGUUCCUCGGACAGCCCUGCCGCCUGAUAAGGCAAAGCCCGGAUUUCACCAGAGACGGGAAGAAGAGGCCUGGUGGAGAUGCUGCCUCCUCGUCCCUCUCUCUGGUGAAUGAAGCUCAGUACCUCAUGAUCAACCGAGCCAGUGUGGAGCUCAUUCAGAAACUAAUGAGCAGCAGGCAGGACUCUUCUGAGGACGAUCAGCUCCUUGACUCACAGAAUGUCAUUAGCCGCUUCCGAGCCAAUUUAGUCAUCGCUGGAAAAGAACCAUUUGAGGAGGAUAAUUGGUCACACUUGAUUAUUGGCAACACUCGAUUCGUGGUUGCAGGUCAGUGUCGAAGAUGCCACAUGGUUGGAAUAGACCAGGACACAGGGACCAAGUCAAAAGAGCCGCUCACGACUCUGUCUGCGUACCGUGGAGGGAAGGUGACUUUCGGAGUGUACCUCAGCCAUCAGCUUCUGCGGAGCUCCGGUGCAGCCAGCGUCCUCUCUGCCGGGUCUGUUCUUCUGCCACACAGCCCCUGACGAGGCCGUCUCCAGCGUCCUCUUCUUUUUAUUUUGGUGAAGCUUCUGCACCUCACGCCUUAAAGAUCACCUGUCAGACACCGUGACGAAAGAGUUUCUGUAGAUGCCACUCUUGAAUUUGUCGUGGCUUUUAUCCUCUCUGGUGUCCUUUUCAUCCAGGUUGUUUUCCCCCUCUUUCCCUGCCUGUUUUGAUACCAAAUAAACCCAGUGUAUAGCCCUUUCUUUUCUUAACAGUAAUGCUUUGAAAAUGCGCGCUAAAGCAUUAAAUCGGUAGCAAAUUUUUUGACUUGAAUGUACGGGAUCACUGUGAUUUGAGCCAAACAUGUCAAGCUUGAAGCAAUAAUCGCUGCUCAUGUACCCUCCAAGGCAGCUCCUUCUCUGUUUAUUCCCAGGGAGGUUUAUAUCACUAUUUAUUCCAAACACAACGCUGUUUUGGCUGCCAGAAUCUAAAACAUACUUCAACCCUGAGAAGGACAGCCUGCCAGACAAAGAAUGCGGAGUAUAUACUGUCAUUAUAGCACUGACCUGGCUAUCACACUUUAUGAUAAAGAGCAGUAUUUUAAUGUAAAUUGGGAAGAGAUGCAGUAAACCAGGCCAUUUUUGACCGCUGUAUAGAUAAUAUCAGGGAAAAAGGGGUCAUGUGUGUUUAACUGAAGGUCCGUCUAUUCAGUGUGGAUGCGAGCUGCUCACUUACGGCGCAUAAAACCAGUUUAAUGGAGACACAGAUAGAAUGGGGUUGCUGAUGUGUGUCUGAGGGUUUUGUGCUGCUCACUGGGUGUCAGCUGGGGCUCAGGGUUUUUUUAUGUAUAAUUAAUGUGUAAAGAGGACACGCAUUGGUGAGUAUACAAAGCCGUGUGAAAUUAAAAGA